AGCCAAUCACGACCCCCCAGCGGCUGGCGGCUGGAAAGGCGGCUAGUCGCGCGUUUGCUUCCCCAAGAUGGCGGACGCUAAAGAUGCUUGUGGCUCAGGAGAAGUGGUUUCAGGGAACGGGCGGCGGUACCACCUAGGGAUUCCUGAAGCCGUGUUUGUGGAAGAUGUAGAUUCCUUCAUGAAACAGCCUGGGAAUGAGACUGCGGAUAUAGUGCUAAAGAAGCUGGAUGAACAGUACCAGAAGUAUAAGUUUAUGGAACUCAACCUGGCUCAAAAGAAAAGGAGACUCAAAGGUCAGAUUCCUGAAAUUAAGCAGACUUUAGAAAUUCUAAAAUACAUGCAGAAGAAAAAAGAGUCCACCAGUUCACUGGAGACCAGGUUCUUACUGGCAGAUAACCUGUAUUGCAAAGCUUCCGUUCCUCCUACUGAUAAAGUGUGUCUGUGGUUGGGGGCUAAUGUAAUGCUUGAAUAUGAUAUUGAUGAAGCUCAGGCAUUGUUGGAAAAGAAUUUAUCGACUGCCACAAAGAAUCUUGAUUCUCUUGAGGAAGACCUUGACUUUCUUCGAGAUCAGUUUACUACUACAGAAGUCAAUAUGGCCAGGGUUUAUAAUUGGGAUGUGAAAAGAAGAAACAAAGAUGAGUCUGCCAAGAACAAAGCAUAAUGCUGGCAAUGAGAAAUGUGGUACAGUUUUCCAAACAUGUUAUUUUAAAUACCCCAAAAUUUAUCUUUAAAGGUUGAUUUGUUUUUUAAUAGGAGGAAUGAUAAUUAAAACUUUCAAAAAAGGUAAAUACCAUUUUAUUUAUUUAUAAAAACAAAAUUAGUUUCACAUAUUUUGUGGAAUUAGCAGUAUUUUUAUUUUAUUUUUUUUGCAUUUCUGACAAAGUCAAUGCUGCUUUCAUCAUUUGUUUGUUUGUCAUAAGAAGAGUCUUAGCUGAAAACUGAGGUAUGCUAUGAAAUCUGAAUUCUGGAUAGUUUAGCAGUUUACUUAUUCUUUAUUUGAUGUGGUUAAACCACUUUAAAAGUAGGAAAAAUAGUUUGAAUAUUUGCAAAAUUGUUUUUCUUUAGUAUAUGUGCGGCUUUAUGUUCCUCUGUUGCUAUAAUUUGUCUUACCUAAAUGGAGUUUCAUGAAUUACUGUUUAGUGGAUGACAUCUAUUAUAAUAUCCUGUACUUUUCAGGAAAUGGUAAUUUGCCUUCCUAAGCAGUAAGGGAGCUAUUGAAACAACAUUGUUUUCUUACCUUAUAUAAGUGCUCAGAAGGGCCGGCUGAGUGGCUCAGUUGGUUAAGAGCUCGCUCAAGAGUUUGAGCUCUGAGCAACAGCGGUUCGAGUCCCA